AUGGCGGAUUGUAAAAAAAUUUCAAAAUUGAACUCUAUCGAUCUCUCAUCUCCUCAUAUUCCCACCUCUGUAUCCUUACUCAAACAGGCUUGCAUAGAUUCCGGUUUCUUCUACGUAACAAAUCAUGGAAUCAGUGAGGAAUUUAUGGAUGAAGUUUUUGCGGAAAGCAAGAAGUUCUUUGACCUUCCAUUAGAGGAGAAAAUGAAGCUUCUUAGAAAUGAGAAACACAGAGGCUUCACUCCUGUUCUUGAUGAACUCCUUGAUCCUGCUAAUCAACUCCAUGGUGAUCACAAGGAAGGAUUUUAUAUUGGUAUCGAGCUUCCUGAAGAUGACCCUGAAGCCCAAAGAACAUUUUAUGGGCCAAAUUUAUGGCCUGAUUCAGAUAUCUUGCCUGGAUGGAGGCAGACUAUGGAAAAAUAUCAUCAACAAGCUCUGGAAGUAGUUAGAAAAAUAGCAAGAUUCAUUGCCCUUUCUCUUGAUCUUGAUGCCAACUUUUUUGAAAGACCAGAAAUGCUUGGCAAUCCGAUUGCAAUCUUACGCUUGCUGCAUUAUGAAGGCCAAAUAUCAGACCCUUUGAAGGGAAUAUAUGGAGCUGGUGCACACUCUGAUUAUGGUUUUAUAACACUCUUGGCAACAGAUAAUGUUUCUGGACUCCAAAUAUGCAAGGACAAAGAUGCUGAGCCUCAGGUGUGGGAAUCUGUUGAACCAUUAAAAGGAGCCUUUGUGGUAAAUCUUGGUGAUAUGCUGGAACGAUGGAGCAACUGUAUUUUCAGGUCAACGUUACAUCGGGUGUUGGGAAGUGGUCAAGAGCGAUAUUCUAUUCCAUACUUUGUGUUGCCAAGUCAUGAUUGUAUGGUUGAAUGCUUACCUACCUGCCAUUCAAAAGAAAACCCUCCCAAGUUUCCUCCAAUCAAAUGUGAAACCUACCUUCUUCAACGGUAUCAAGACACUCAUGCUGAACUUAGUACAUACAAAAAACCCUAA